AUCGUUAGUUUGCUGCGUCGAUUGCUGUGACGAGAAGGAUGGGUGGUGCGGUCGAACGUCAGUCCAAUAAGAUCGUUAAUGUUUUCGAGGAAUUUUAUCGGGGGAUAAAUAAGUAUCGAAGGAAAGUGACGAAACGACGAUCGUACUCGAUCACCUCGGUGGAUAAGGUUCGAUCCAUCGAUCGACCAUGUUUCGUCUCUUUCUGUUGAUCGAACAGAUUAUCGGAGUGCCCGCGAUUACGAUCUGCGCCCUGUUCUUAUUCGGAGGUUUAAAGGAGCGUGCGGUGCAAUUAACGACGUCCCGGGCUUGUUGAUCGAAAUUUUAUGGUCACGAUCGGUGUAAUUGAUAUAAACCCCACGAGUUCUGUCGUACACACGGUCGUUACGUGUCCAUGGACGAGUCUGGAGAAGACCUUCGAGAGGAGGAGGCAAACGAAGAGAGAGAACGAAGAGAGGGCGAGAGAGAAGAGAGAAAUAAAAAAAGAGGACCACAGAACGCUUUUUAUCGCACUGAACGUCAGGAUGAGAGCGAGCUCUCGAGCAAGCGGUGGGCCAGUGCGCCCCGCCGCCCGGACAGCCCCUGCGUCCUGGGGGCACCAACGUCUAGGGAGGCGGCGGGACCGCCGGUGCAACUGGAACCAGUGGAUCUGUCCGUGAAAACUCCUGUGGUGUUGCAGGUGCCUCGGUAUAGUCCAGCGGCUAUAAUUACCGCCGCGGCUAGAAGAAUCCCUUCACCUUCGACGACGCCUACACCGCCGCCGCUCUCCAUAUCUACGGUGUCGCCGCCUUUGCCGCCUCUGGGAGAAACAGCGUGGGAGAGAAACCGGGAACGAGAGCGCGAGAGGGUGCGAGAGAGGAGCACGGAGAACGAGCACAGGGAACGGCAGCAAGAAAGAGAAUCAGGGAUCAGAGAGAGGGAGCCGCGGGAUCGAGAAAAGGAACGGGAUCGCGAUAGGGAGAGGCAAAGGGACAGGGAAAGGGACAGAGAGCGGGACGUGUCGGUCCGCAUGAUGGAACCGCUCGAUCCUGUCUUCGUUUCCCCCUCGGCGGCCCUACUCGCGUUACAGAGGAUAAAGGAAACGUCCCUGGUGUUUCACAAGCGUCCCGCGCUGGCGAGUGGGUUAGGAAUCGGCGGCAGAGUAAACGCCGGUGUUGGAGGAAACGGCGGUAGUUUAGCGGUGGACAACGAAUGCGGCGACGCGUUGAAGAGACGCAAAGUUCACCGAUGCGACGUGGCAGGCUGCGACAAAGUGUACACGAAGAGUUCUCACCUGAAAGCUCACAAGAGAACUCACACCGGCGAAAAACCGUACCAGUGCACAUGGGAGGGUUGCACGUGGAAAUUCGCUCGUUCUGACGAAUUAACACGGCAUUACCGCAAGCAUACGGGCCAGAAGCCGUUCAAGUGCCAUCUUUGUCAGCGAUCGUUUUCGCGGAGCGAUCAUUUAUCGCUUCACAUGAAAAGGCACUGAUAAAGAGGACCAUCUAGCCGUUGGAGGAAAGAUGGAGCAGAGCGAAGAAGGGGUAGAGACCGUUUUGUCCCGGGAAACCGGGACACGAAUCGUGAUCGUGGACGACGACGAUGAUUCUUUUUUUUUUUUUACAUUCGGGACCUGAAGAGCCUCGCAUCGUUGCUCGAAUCGUUUUCAACGAGAACGUGAAGAGUCGGAGGCGGAAACUAGGAGAAAAAAAUGAAGAAGCAAACGAAUCGUUCAUUAGGUUUAGAGGUUUAAUCUAAUGGAAGUAUCAUUGCAAUUAUUGGUGUAUAAUCGUGCGACGAGCCUGCUAGCAAUCGUGACAACGCGAAUCGUUGAAAUUUUUUUACUUUGUUUCUUGUUGUACUGCCUCUGUGAGAGACAAAUUUCUAUUUUCGAUUUGCGUUGUUUUUAUGGCGAACGUACGUAGCGUAAGAAUCGUUGAUAUUUAAAAUAUUCGAUGGAAAUUUAUUUAUUCUUUGUGCAGGUGUAUUUAAAAGAAAAACGGAUAUCGAACGAAGCUUAGCUUCGACGAUAGAAGAAAAAAAAAAGCGAGCGUAGAUAGUAGAGAGGAGCGAUUGCUGCGGGUUUUCCGCAAGUAGCACGCGGUCACUUCUGUUUUUAAUUCUAGCCAAUUUUUACUUGUUCGUAUGUCCAGUUUGUUUUCAGUUUUUUUUUCUUUUUUUUUUUUUUUGUACGGUUAAAUAAGGCCAGCUCAACUAGUCUAGAGCACCAUAUGUAUCGUCUAUUGCGAAGAAUAGAGCCAGUAAAGGGAGAAGAAGGAAGUAAUAUCGUUAAGGUAAUUAAACGGUUAAUAAUUAAAGAGAAUAUCGAACUCCGGUGACGGAGCUUGGGACUUAGCAUGCUCAGUUAAAUAAACUACAAAUCGUGAUCGUUAAACAUUUUUUAAUGCAUUAAAUAGCGAUUUAUCAGAUUAUGCACAAAGAAUUUCGCGUUUAGGGACGGACAAUCAUCGAUGUUUUCAUUGUCAAAGAAAACAAGGGAAUUUGACGCUCUGAAAGCCAGUAUUACGUGUGCAUUAAGCAAUAGAAUUGUGUAUACUAUCGACGGCAUUGCGAUGCUUUUACGAGUCUUUCUUUCGUUCGAUCAUGCAAAAAUUUCUUCGGUCGUAUCGGUAAAGAAGCCGGUAUGCCUUUUCAGCCAUGCGUAUACACAAACAAGGUGCCAAAGUAGAAGGUGCAAACGUAUUGUGCGAACGAAGAUGUCCAUUGAUACAUUACGCUCAAUUAUUAAAAAGAGAGAGAGAGAGAGAGAGAGAGAGAAGAAAGCAGAUCGAAGAGUUAUUUUUUAAACGCUUUUGCAUCCCGUUCGUCGAACACGUCACCGCGAUACACGUCUCGUCGAAUCGUGCCACGUGUCGAGCAUCGUCACGAAAAGAAAAAUCGAGCGUUUGCUGCUCGAUUUCUGCACAUUUUAUUUUGGCAUCUACUACGAAACGAGAUAGCUCAAGGAAAAUACAUUCGAGGCCAAUAAAAAGAACUUAAUCUUCGCUCGUGAUGUGAACGAAGAAUUAAAAGAAGAAGAAAAAAGAAAAGAAACGCAGAACGUAUGUCUACGUUCCUCGUGGUUUUGAGAAAAAGAGUACGUGUAUCAGAGUUCGUGUAAUUGAUGAUGCACCGAGUCGGCUGUUCAAUUGUCGUCAAUCUAAAUGCGUCAAGUGCAUAAACGAAUUACGAGCCUGAAAGUAACGUUAUCAAAGAAAUUCUAUAUAUAUAUAUCAAAACAUAUCGUACGAAGGCAUCGACUCUGUGCGUCGCAAGUGUAAAACCACGGUAACGUCACGCGAUACGUUCUUAAACGAAGCUACUCGAAGGAAAAGGUGCAAUAGGAAACACGGUGUUAUAAAGGGUCUGUUGGCUACGCUGAAAGUAUCGCGCGAUACCGCAUUAUUGCAUUUUUUCCUGCGAGUAGCUACGUCGAGGGGAAAUUAAGUUUCCCGUGGCGUUAGCCAGAUGUAUCGCACGAGAAUCGGAUAGCUCGCGAAUUGCAAGCUUGUAAAUAGUUUAGAAACCUUGAGUAACGCGACGUCUGCGUACGUAUAGCACAUGUGUAGCAUUCCCCCGUUUUCUUCGAACCUGUAUCUUCUUUUCAUUUUAAUGUUUUUUUUUUUUUUUGUUCCCUUUGCCACCGUGUCAGUAACGUGGCUAAAGGUAGGCGAAACACAAGAAAACAAAACAAAAACUAUUUCGAAGCUAGUUGAAAAAAGAAAAAAAAAAAUACGAUGGAACAAGAUGCCAGUAUAUGCUAGAGCCAGUUUAUAUCGUUAAAAAAGAAGAAAGGAACCUCUACGUGUAAGAUUAGUGCGAAGAUUGAUAAAUUAAUACUUGUUAUGUGUUGUAUUUUGAUAGGGAAUAGUGCCUUUUAACGUUAAGGAAGAGAACGCUGCGUUAGGCCUUAAGUAUACUGUUAGUGCCUUAAGUCACGCGAAUCUUCGUGCUUGUACACAUUUCAUAACGCGACCAUUCGAAUCCUCGUCCAGAGGACCAGUGAGAUAUAUCAAGCGUUGCUUUAUUCGGUCGAGAUUCAUGGAAAUCAAGUUACAAGAUUCUCGAUACUCUCGUUUAAAUGUCGUUCGAAACAAACGAGGAAAAUUUCGCUAAUCGUAUUAACCGAAUCUUCAUAUCUUAUGUAAAUUUAAUUCAAGAUCCUUGCUUUCGUUGUUACUCCUUCGAUUCACUGUUGCCAAUCGCUUCGUCUUCAUCCUACUUCGACAUCUACUAUUUCUAUCAUUCUAUCUGUGAUUUUCAUCCGAACGAUCGAUCGCGAAACAAUGAAUCACGUUCGAUGGAAAAUUCGUUGGAAACGCUCGUCAGAUAUUUCUCACCUGUUCAAGAAGCAUCCUUUCGUUUCGUAAAGCCCACAGCGAUUUGCGUCGAACGACAAAAUACAUAAGUACCACAUACUCCGUUAUAGACCCGCAGGAACGACCACGCCCCUGGUUGAUGGUAUGAAUAAUUUUCGUGUGAUCGUCACUGCGAAAUUCAAUCCGAAAAUGAACGAGGUGCCACCCAGGAUGCCAUUCUACGAUCUUGAUGACUGAUACCGUUGUACCUUUCCUGUAAGGGAUUUCUUCGGCGGAACAGCCGUCAGUAAUCUGAGCAGAGCGAGGGCGAUGAGAAAUGCAUACUGACGUCAUGCCGACACCCUCUUUGAUCAUUAUCAUUUUUUUCACUGUGAGCUCGUGCCGAGUCGUACGCUUCUUAACGAUACAUCCCAACGUUGUGCCGUUAUAUCUCCACCUCGGGACGAUUCAUUUCGGCUAAUUGUCGACGGGGUGAUAAAACGAUAUUGUUUCCGGUUAACUUUUGCCCGUGAAGCUUCUCAUUCGCGAAACGUAUUAACAUACAUCGUCUUCGUAACAUUCGUACGGAAUCACCUCGUCGUUCUUCAUCGUAAAAUUUCGUUUCGGCCAAACUCACGUAGGUUUCUUUCUUUUUAGAACUCGAUCAGACGAAAUAUACGAUAAAGACGAACCGCUUUCCUCGAUCCGAAAAAUUUGAUCGCUAAAUCACAUUCCAAUCUUUGUAAAGCGUAUUAACAAACGCAAUAGCUGUUAAAUUUUCGUGGAAGAAUCGUUUAACGAUAAGCCGAGAGACAGGAAGUGAGGGAUUUCUAUAAGAAGCUUAACGACCUAUCGAGGUCCCUCAAGAUUAGCGACGAACAUUCCACGAGCACACACAUUCCUAGAUCGUGCACAUGUACGAUAGAUUCGCGGAAAUCCGGACAAAGAGUAUCGGCAAUUUGUAUUUCAUGUUAAUGCGAAGCUAUUCAAUUUCCCGUAAAAGGUAAACCGGAAACCGGGUAAAGGAUUUGAAGGCGACCGAUUUUCUACGAAGGCCCCACCUAGAGAAAUUAGCAUUUCAAGUGCCUUAACAGACGUUAACUGACACCUAACUAAUCGAGGCUACGCGUUCGAAUUGAAAUCACCUUCUGCGAUCGAAUGGACGCUUUCGGCCACUCGGUUGACACACUUCGGUUAAAAAAAGGCGACGUAAAGUGGGAACGAGGGGCAGAGAAAAAUGGAUCGGCAUAAAAUUUCCAUUGGCGAUGAUUAAUAAUUCGAAACGCGGUACGUUUGUGUAUUCGUCCGAAGGAUUUACAAAUAGCGUAUAAAUCAGUUUGGAAGAUUUCGGUAUUCGAUCUUUAAAAAAAAAACAUCUGUUCGCGUUAUUUAAUUUUAAUUAAGUUUUAAGAUUGGGAAAUGGAAAAGUUUUUAAAUCAAAGAAUUUUCUCGAAAAGAAUUCGUCUUUCGACAAGGUCUUUCAAAAGUUCAACCCUCCGACGUCGAUCGUUUGGAUCGUCGUUGCUCGAUCGUUCGAUGGGUGUCGACGUACCUGAAUUCGUUGUUAGAUUGUUGAUUUCAUCAUAUUCUCGUGCGCUUACACGGCUGUCGGAAAGAAUUCCAGCGUGGCGUAUUAAUAAUUUAAGAGGUGCUCUUAACGAGCGCGUUCGAGUGAUGUUUAAUGGCCGCGCGAGAGAUCGAGCGAGCGAUCCUUCGAAAACGUGUCUGAUAAAAAAGAAAAGAGUAGGAAAAAGUCACGAUGUAUCGAGCUUUUCGAAGACGUAGCUGACAGGUCAGUCCGUCAAACUAGCGAUGAUUUUCCAUUCUUCGCUUCAAGGGCCAGUAAAAUGAUACACACAACGCGUACACACACACAUACACAUACAUACGUCGGUCACUACAUGCAUACCUUAUGAAGCAACCACACGUAUAAAUUGCAUCCUUAAUCUGCGAUCAUGCGCGGUGCUCAAUCUCUCUUGGUGCUUUCGUACGUUGAAUUUGACGUGCGUACAUCGUGGACAAUACGAGGUCGAUUCUUAAAGAUCCAUUACGCAGGAGCGCAAAACGUAUCGUUGCAAGAGGUGUGCACGUGUUUGCGUCUAGGAGAUGUCGAGCCACAUAGGAAACGAAAAGCAAUAGCAAGUAAUAUAUUUACACACGUAGUUAAGUAUAUUCCACGAGUUAUACAACGUUAGUUAAUUGCCUGAAACGCAACUUUAAAACGCCAUCACUUUCGAACUCAGGAAACGAAAAUGGCUAUCGAGAACGAAUCCAAUUGAUCGAUUUUGAUUUCUCUUUUACGAAAGAAUUGUCGCGUUUUAUGUGGUCCAAGAAUCUCCAACGAUGAAAAAAAAAAGAA